AUGACGACUAAUACAAAUCCUCACCAGGCUGACACCGGUCUCCCCCCCGGCUGGGAAGUGCGACACUCCAACUCCAAGAACCUGCCCUACUACUUCAAUGCCGCCGAAAAGGUCUCACGCUGGGAGCCGCCUGCGGGAACCGACACCGAGAAGCUGAAGCACUACAUGGCCACCCAUCACAGCGCUGGCGCCGGCGCAAGAUCCCAGGCUGUUCCUGUGCCAGAGGGAAAGAUCCGCGCUGCCCACCUGCUGGUCAAGCACAAAGACAGCCGGCGCCCUUCCAGCUGGAGAGAGGCCGAAAUUUCCCGCACCAAGGAGGACGCACUCGAGAUCAUCAAGGCCCACGAGGCCAAGAUCAAGUCCGGUUCCACCACGCUCGGCGAGCUGGCCCUGACCGAGUCCGACUGCAGCAGUGCCCGUAAGAGGGGUGACUUGGGCUACUUCGGCAAGGGUGACAUGCAACGGGAGUUUGAAGAAGCUGCCUUUGGUCUUAACCCCGGUGACAUCAGCGGCGUCGUGGAGACGGCGAGCGGCCUGCACUUGAUUGAGAGUUCCACUAACCACCCGGAUCACAGACUGGAGUAA